AUGACAAUGAUAUGUAUUAUUUGUUUUAAUAAUCAUGCUGAAGAUGAUUGUUCAGAUUUUGUAUCAUCAUCAAAAAUGAAUGGAACAGAAAAGAAACCAUCAUCAUCAUUGACUCGAAAUCUUUCAAAAGUUUUACUCUCAUUACCAACUCACAUUCAAAUGCGUCGUUGUGAUGAUACAAUAACAUUUUCACCAACAAUUCGUAUUUUAAAAACGACUAUUAUAGGUCCAUUUGAAGGUCGUUUUAUACCAGAAGAUAAAUUAACAACAGCACCACGCAAUGGAUUUCUUAUUAAAAUUUUUCGUGAAAAUGGUAAUAAUCUGGUAUUGGAUGCAUCAGAUGAACGUAAAAAUAAUUGGUGUUGUUUAAUUCCACCAGCAAGAACAUCACAAGAAAUAAAUUGUUUAUUAUUUCAACGAAAAUAUAAAAUUUAUGCAAAAGUAGUUCGAACCAUUUUAGCAACAGAAUCAUUGAGCAUAUGGUAUUCAAGUAAUUAUGCUAAAGCAAUGGGUAUGCCAGAAACACCCGAUGGCGGUCCAUUAGCUCUCUACGGUAAAACUGGUCGAAUGAUUUUUCGAUAA